UUUACUAUUAACGUUACGUUUCAGUUAAGAAUGAAGGUGAAACCCAUUUUGACAAUAAAAUAAAUAAACGAGAGAGUCAGUCCUCGUCAUGGUGUACCUUACUAGACCAUCGUGCAGAUAUUUAUGAAGCUAUUACGGUAUACCCACUUUUACUUAAUUAUUAUUAAACUUAGUUAUCUUUCAUCAUACAAAAUGUCAUAAAUAAUUCCUGACGUCUUACUAUUUGAAUUGCCUUCUUUGUUUAAACUUAUCAUCAUUUUAAUUUAAGUAAUUAAGGUAUUCUGAAUUUAUUUUAGAUCUUGAACAGUUAUCCCGAAAUCCGGAAAAUGGUCCAGUCUUUACAAAAAGACAAUUCCUUGCAAUCGUCAUUAUUUCUUCGGUAUAUGAAGUUCUUUGUAGAGCAUGUGAUCUCGAAAUUACGUCUCUCUCCCGAAGAAGAAAGAACCAAGGAAUUAUAUUUCAGAAAGCUUUGGAGAGAAAAUAAGAAUGCUCAGCGAGACUUGUCUGAGCUUGCCGGAUUAUUGGAGCUGCAGAGAUCUCUUCAUUAUGCCAACACAAAGUCUGUAGUUUCUCAAUACAAAAAGGACGCAAUGUUAGUAGAUCGAGUUAAUAAACAAUGCGAAGAAGGCAUCAAAUCCGGCAUAAUUCGAUCUGAAAGGAGGCAAAUUUGGGCACUCAAUGCCUCGGCAAUGAAGCAAACCGAGUUACAACAAUCUGUGGAAAAUGCCAAAAAUAAUCUUCAGUUGCUUCGAUUGACAAAUUUACAAAUAGAAAAAGAGAUACGUGCUAAAAGAUUUAAGACUGAAUCUCAACUUCUGGCCUUAAUCAACAAAUUUGACGUUGAAAUUAAGGAGAGGCAAAAUAUUCUAGAGGAGCUGAAUGAGGAAUAUGAAAAGGAUAGACAAGAAAAAAUGGAACUGGAAGUGCGUUCACCAAGAUGCAUCGUAAUCUCAUGUCGAAUAAUUUUAGGUAAUUUUAAACCAAUCUUGAUGCAGAUAGAGAUGGACAAACAGCUAAAAAUAUACAACUCGUUCGUCAAGGAGCGAGAAGAGGCAAUUCUUCAAAUUUUUACGGAAAAGCUGGAGAAGUUCAUGAGACUCCGAGCUGCGAAGAUUAUCCAACGUUGGUGGCGUGAGAUUUAUGCACGUCUAAAAGCUUCUAAAAAGAAGAAAAAGAAACAGAAGGGGAAGAAGAAAAGGUAACAGCACUUACCGGAAGAAUAUUCGUGUUCUAAUUUCAUUUGAAUUCAAAAUAAAAAUAUCUAGUUAAUAU